AGUCUGUUUAUGAGCGGUCUGCUCGCGCACGUGGGUUUUAUUGUACUCGAUCAUGUGCAGUACGAUGUCCGACGACGAAAACGAUGCUGCGUGGGACAGCGCGGAGGAAUUGGAGACCGAGCGCGAAGACAGCGCGUGUCUGUUCUGCGGCGAAGUGCGCGCCUCACCAGAGCUCGUGUACGAGCACUGCGCGCACGACCACGCGUUCUCCAUCAAGGAUGCGGUUGGACGCUUGCAGCUGGACUGCUUCGGGUACAUCAAGAUGGUCAACUACGUCCGUAAACACAAAACAAGCCCAGAAGUCUUACAGACUGCAGAUCCACAAUGCCUUCCCUGGGAUGAUGACCAAUACCUUGUGCCGGUUGUGCAAGAUGACUUGCUCUUAACCUACGAUGUGGAAGAGCUCUUGAAUGCCAGCGCAAAGCCCGAGGACGAGUGUCAUCAACUGCGUGACCGGCUUUCUCAGGCUGAGCAAGCCAUUGAGCGCAUGAGGGAAGUGGCAGAAAGCUGGCUGCAGUCGAACGAGCAAGCAGAACCCAUUGAACAUGAUGAGCCUUACUUUGAAUCAUACGGCCACCAUGGCAUCCACCUUGAGAUGCUGUCCGACAGGCCACGGAUGGACUCAUAUCGCAAGGCCAUAGAGCUAAAUGCCGACACCUGCAUCCGAAAUCGCACAGUGCUUGACGUUGGGUGCGGCACUGGCAUCCUUUCCAUGUUGUGUGCGCGGGCUGGUGCACGCAGUGUCGUAGGAAUCGACCAAUCGGGUGUCGUCUACAAUGCAAUGGACAUUGUCAGGGAGAACAGUCUGUCGGAGCAAGUGACCCUGGUGCACGGCCGCGUGGAGGAAUUGGAGCUCCCCGAGCGUGUGGACGUGCUGGUGUCCGAGUGGAUGGGCUACUUCCUCCUUUUCGAAGGCAUGCUCGACAGUGUGCUUCAGGCCAGGGACCGGCUACUGCGGCCGGGAGGGCUGAUGCUGCCCAGCCGGUGCCAGAUCUUUCUGGUGGCUCUCAGUGACACUGACAUUCAUCGGCGGAUGGUGAGCUUCUGGGACGAUGUAGAAGGCUUCAAAAUGACCUGCAUGCGAAAGGAAGUGCUCGGUGAGGCCCAUGUGAUGGAUGCCCCAGCUUCGAGUGUCUGCUCCGAGCGACCAGCCCUUCUGUUGAACCUUGACUUGAACACGUGCCGCAUGGAGGACAGUGACUUUGCGAGCGACUUUGAACUGGAUCUCCAGCCAGGCACACAACAGGUCAUGGCAUUGGCUGGGUACUUCGACUGCACCUUUGAGCUACCAGUGCCUGUUGUCCUUAGCACAGCCAUGGAGGCAGAGUCCACCCACUGGAAACAGACCGUAUUCCUGCUGGAAGAGCCACUCUUACUAGCUGAAGGCGAGAAAACGGUGCGAGGGCGACUGGAGUGUCGACGGCAAGGCCGCAGAGAGCUCCUGGUCACGAUAACACUAGGGGCAAGACAACAGCAGUACAUGCUGCACUGAGGAGUCACUGCAACUGCAGUUGAUGCUUUGUUGAAAAGGUGCCAUGUUCAUGGCAGUAUGGUGGUUUGUGCUGUGCUGGAACAGGGCGAACAUGGCCGCAGCUGCCGGAUGAACACAAGUGUUCCUCUUUGUUGUGAGCACAUGAGUGCAUGUGUUGUUGUUCACAUUGAAAAUGUGAUUUGUGCAGAUCUCCACACUUUUGCCUAGAGCGUUUGAGCAUUGUGCUGCAAUGAAAAAAAAGAGAUCCCCCCCCCCAUAACACAUCAGUUGCUAUACUUUAUUUCGGUAGUUCCUUGCAGCACUGUGGAAGCUGCAGGAUUUCUUAGCCAACAAAAAGGGCGAAAGCCCCUCAAAAUGUGUUCAUCAGCAGUGCGUCGUCUGCUCUCUGUCCUGUCGAUACAUGCUUCCAAUUGAGUGUGUUGAUGCAACGAACAUUUUGGUGCGUUUACAUGAAUGCAACUGUGGGGCUUCGCUUCAUACAUGCGUACUCUUCCUCAGCAAUUUCUUGCAGCCUCCUUAGCCAACAGCAAGGGUGAACACCCUGCUAAGUAUGUUCACUUCUGCUGCAUUGUCUGUUCCACCUCUAGCUGGUGUUCGCUCGCCACCAUCACCAUGUACUGCACCAGAGUGGAAUAGUAAAUUAAUUCAGUAAAAAAUUAGGCUUUUAGAUUAUUUCACAUCGUCAGCACAUCACCAGCGCUAAUGCUGUGAAGUGGAAACUACCUGCUAAGUUGAAAUCAGACCACUUUUAUGGCUAAGCGCCCCCCCUGUAGGCAUGGCAGCGUCCAAAAAAACAGCUGAUCUCAAUAAUAACGAUAAAUCAUUACCUAGUGCUUCGCCCUCAGCAUGAAGUACGACUAAGUGAUAGGCUGAUUGUAAUAUUUAUUUCUUGCCGUCCGAGUGGAGAGCAAGUAACAAGUGUGAGUUCAGAUUGAAGUAGGCUGUCUGUGUUGUAUAGGCGCUGCCAUGUUGCUACAUAGCCACAGUUGCUGGCGGUAAAUGGAACAAUAAUUCAUGGUACUUAUAUGAUGUGCAUGCACAGAGGGUCUAAUUUAUCACAUAUCUCUAACAUUUCAUGUGUCAAGCAAAGCUAGAACUCUAAUCUCGCUAAUAAACAAGACAUCGAGAACUAUAUUACGCUAAUAAAGGAUAUUGUUUAGUACCUUUGGCAGCCCUGCAAGUUAUUUGUGUGAUAGAGCAUAGGUUCAAGGUACUGGGCAGGAUACUACUGUAUGGCUCAGAUGUCCUUGUGGCUUCCACUGUUUUUAGGCAUUGUCCCUCAAACUGGCUAGCAAUACACACAUAGUAUUGAUUUCAUUUGCACUGCUGUGUCUUGGGCCUGUUGGUAUGCGAAGUUGGAUAACAUUUUAGCCCCGGCAGACAAGGACAAAAUGUAAAUAUAGAUACCACAACAACUCAUCAUGGUGUGUACGAUUCCUUUUUUGUGCUUGUCUGCAGGUGGUAAAAUGUUAUCCAUGAUUUUCUUGCAUCGCAACACACUGAUUCAGUGCUUCAGACAGAAGUGUGGAUGAGUGUACAUGAACAAGUGCUUAUGUACAGAUUUUUGUGUCCCGUUACUGUAAAAAGUUUAAGAAAAGGCAACAUUUUUAAGUGGGACCACAAAUGCUGCAGUUGAGGUGUUGUGAAUAUUUGCUGACACUGAGGAAAUCCUGUGUGUACAUCAAGAAACAAGUGCAAAAAGGCCACUGUGUUUUCACAUUUGUUUGAGCAUCUCAUCUUUCAGAAAAAAUAAAAAUGAAAAAAAUGUAUAGUUGUAUCACAUUUCUCUAAGCUGCAGUCUUACCGGUAUGCCUAAAGUAAACGAAAUUGAUAUUUGUGCUCUUCGCUCAGAAAUACCUACAUUAUAUCCUAUAUUUGUUACAAGCACAUAUUUGUUACAUGCUAGCAUCGGCAAGAAACCUUUUAGACUUCCUUUGGUAAUCUGGUAAUCACUUAUAUCCGUCUUCAUUAUAUCAAGCUUUGGUUGUUUCAUACAUCAAUCUGAAUUAUACGAAUUAGUUGUGAGUGGGACUUUUGCAAGACGCACAUAGCCAAUGUGACAAUUUUAUGUAAGCCAUACCAUAUUUAUAUCUGCAUUUGGCAGUCUACAAUAUACAGUUCGCCUAAUUGUGAAAUCUGUUUUUGAGGCAGAGUUAUGGAGCUGUAAACUUUGUGUUUCAAGCUUGUUUUACCCGAUUUCUGCGCAUUAUCAAAAACUUCGAGGAAUAAGUCAAAUAUAGCUUUCUUAAGUGCAGUAAAUUUAAUUCAUAUCAGUUAAGGGAGUGUCCAAGAGCAUUUCUACAUUUGACUUGUAUAUUUGCAUAGAGAAAUUAGAGUUGGUCCCAAGCUAAUGCUUCUUUUUAAUAUUCCUUGAAGCUCACUGUCAUUUAAUGCAGUUAUUUUUAUUUAAUUUUUCAAUCUGAAAUAGAAAUCUUUUGCACACGGCAGCAGUGUGUAUCACGAUUCAAGUGUAACAAGCUGGCUUUUUUACUGCAAGACCAUUUUAUUUUUUAAUAAAGUGGCCAUUACUGAAGAGCACUUGCAUAUCCUUUCUAGUGUUCUGCUUAGACACAAUCUCUUUUAGCACAAUUUUGAAAUGGGACUUCCAUCUGUCACCUUAUGGACAGGUGUCGUAAGAACUA